UGGUGGUGUAUAACCAGCCAGAGCCCUGGAGAGAGGAUAAAGUCCUAGUCCUGCUCUGUGUAGGUCCUCUCAGAGCAAGAAAACCAGCAGCAUGGCCAUGAUCUUGGGUUACUGGGACAUCAGAGGGCUGGCGCACACCGCCCGCCUGCUCCUGGAAUACACAGACUCAAAGUAUGAGGAGAAGAAGUACAGCAUGGGCGACGCUCCCGACUAUGACAGAAGCCAGUGGCUGAAUGAAAAAUUCAAGCUGGGCCUGGACUUUCCCAAUCUGCCCUACUUAAUUGAUGGGGCUCACAGGAUCACCCAGAGCAAUGCCAUUGUUCGCUACAUCGCCCGCAAGCACAACCUGUGUGGGGAGACAGAGGAGCAGAAGAUUCGCAUAGACAUUCUGGAGAACCAGGUCAUGGACACCCGCAUGCAAUUGAUCAGGCUGAGCUACAACUCUGACUUUGAGAAACUGAAGCCUGAUUACCUGAAAGGAAUCCCUGACAUGGUGAAGCAAUACUCCCAGUUUCUGGGGAAGAGGACGUGGUUUACAGGGGACAAGAUCACCUAUGUGGAUUUCUUGGUUUAUGACUUCCUUGAUGGACUGCGUAUAUUCGAGCCCAAGUGCCUGGAUGCGUUCCCAGCCCUGAAGGAAUUCAUGGCUCGAUUUGAGGCCCUGCCAAAGAUGGCCGCCUACAUGAAGUCCAGCCGUUACCUGCCUCGCCCUAUGUUUUCCAAGAUGGCCGUGUGGGGCAACAAAUAGGCCCUGUAGGGCCAGGGCUGUGAGUGAGGAACCAGUCUGUUCUUGCGACAGAGCUGGGACUUCGCUGCACCCACAGUUCACUUGCCUUGUUCUUUUCUCAUUUUAUCUCCAUCAGUAAUUACUUGGCACCUUUACUUCCCCAGGCUCAGUUAUCAAUCCCUAGAAGGUCUACAGCACCCCCUUCUUCUUCAGCAAAGUCCACUUCAUCAUUAUCCUUCCUACACCAAAGACCACCAGAUAUUCUCCUUUCAGUGGUUGCUUCUGUUCUGGGGAACCAGCUGGAGCCCUGCGGAGCUCAGUCCUGAGCUCAGUCCCUGAAGACCGGUGUUGGCCUCUGUACUGACCCUGCUCUCCCAGCGUGGAGCCCACCAGCCCUGCCUGAUCCCCAGUAAAGCCUUAAUCACACCUGCUCUGUCUUGUCUUAUUCCUUCCAGGCCUCCUGGGCUCUGUAGCUUCCAAGGGGCUGAUU